UAUGUACAUAUUUUCAUUUCAUUUCCUUCUGAAUCAAAAUUUUUUCUUCAAAUAAUUUUUUCGGCAAAUUUUUUAGAAUAAUAAUUCCGUUCCAAAUUCUAAAUUAAAUAAAAUAUCUAAAAUUGCAGUAAUAUAUCAGUAUGGCUAAAACGUUACCAGGUCCUGCUGAUUUGUAUCCACUGCCACCAACUGUGGGUUAUGAAAAUCAUGAUUUGCGUAAGCAACGUUUACCAAAUUAUUCAUUUGGCGGACGAACAACUUUAAAAGAUAACAGCUGUGGACCUGGCCCUGCCCGAUACAAUGUUGCGAAACUAGUACGGUAUGGUGUGAGCAAAGCCAACAGAUUUACAAUAGCUCCAAAAACACAUUUGGAAGAAAAAGGCAAAAGUCCAGGACCUAUGGCUUAUCAACUACGUGAAUCUCCUAACUUGAAGGGUUCAAAGUCCCCAGAAUAUUCCAUGGGCAAAGUUAAUACAUUUUUCUUUAAAAAUUGUGCACCUGGUCCAAAUAAGUAUGGUAUUAACGAUACCUUCGUCAAGCACAAAGCUCCUGAGUAUAGCAUUGGUGUUAAAAAGUAUUUGAAAGAAAUAACUCGUUCUCCUGGUCCUGCUACAUACCCAGGUGCUCCAAUGUCUUUAACACGACCCGAUAGUCCUAAGUAUACAAUAACACCUCGUACAGAGUACGUUUUCAAGUUAUAUGGACCUGGAUCGAACUUCUAUAAUCGUAUGGAAUAUAAACCUGGAAAACGAUCGCCCAAUUACUCUUUUGGAACACGCCAUUCUCCACGUUCCGGUACAAUGAUCGUACCAUGUGAUAAUAUAUAAUCGCAAUUUAGAUGCAAAUCAGUAAAUGUAGUAAACUUUUAUAUUUCUAUAUUUUUAAGAACUAAAAUCCAAUAAACAUAUU